GACCAAUUGUCUGCUGGCGCGACAUUUGAGGAACCCAUCUGCACCACAGUCCUCGGAAGAAAAAGCAAACAAGCAAACAACACUCGCUACAAAUCUAAACAACACCCGACCGCCCAUCGGGCUAACCAGAGCUUCAGCAGUCGAGUGGGUGGACCUACUGCAUUGGAAUCCACCAAAGACCUGGAACCAUUCAGUAAGACCUAGAAGCGAGCGCGAAGAAAUCAGUUUGUUUACACUAGCUUGUUGAAGGAUAUUGGAUAUUAAGGAGCGUAUCGCUUUUUGAUGAUGGCGGAAACUUUAAACUUGCAGAGAGAUGUUACUAGAGUUUUAGAGUUGCUGGAAAUUCUUCAAAGAUGUCCUGAAAUACAACCUUCAAAACUAGCUGCUUUGCAGCGAAUAUUACAGUCAGAUUUUUGUAAUAUGGUACGUGAAGUUUACGAGCACAUUUACACAACUGUUGACAUUAAUGGAUCUGAAGAAGUUAAGGCAAGUGCGACAGCUAAGGCCACUGUUGCAGCUUUCGCUGCAAGUGAAGGACAUGCCCACCCACGUGUUAUAGAGCUCCCCAAAACUGAUGAAGGUCUAGGCUUCAACGUUAUGGGUGGUAAAGAACAAAACUCACCGAUAUACAUCAGCCGAAUCAUUCCUGGUGGUGUCGCUGAUCGUCAUGGUGGUCUAAAGCGUGGUGACCAAUUGUUGUCAGUGAAUGGAAUUUCUGUAGAAAGUGAACAUCACGAGAGAGCUGUUGAACUUUUGAAACUAGCUCAGGGUACUGUAAAACUGGUAGUGAGGUAUACUCCACGUAUUCUCGAAGAGAUGGAAGCACGUUUCGAUAAACAAAAAGCUCGUCGUCGACAAUUAAAUUGA